ACUCGGAUCUUAUUGGGCUGUUAAUUUGUGAGAAGCCCUGCAAGGAACCCUGGGUGGGGGUGUGGCCUGGGACAGCGGGGUUAGGGCAGUGCUGUGGUCCUCAGGGCUGCAGUCUGGGUCCACGUGCACAGAGGAUAUAACGCUGAACCUAAAGGCCUGCGAUGCAAGCUCACGAGCUCCUGAGACAGCUGGGGAUUCCCGAGCUGGCUGACCUCCGGCAGUACCUCUGGAGCCUUCCCACCAACACCCUGGUGGGCACAGCCGCCUUCGCCGCCUUCACCACCUACUGGUUCAUGAGCCGCCCCAGGGCUGUGAGGCCCCCCUGCGACCUCAGCAUGCAGUCUGUGGAGACGCAGGGUGGUGACCUCGCUCGUAGAUCGCCCUUGCUGGACAGCGACGAGCCCCUGAUCAACCUCUACAGUGACACCACCACCAUGUACGAAGUCUUCUGCAGAGGAUUACGGCUGUCGAAUAAUGGACCUUGCCUGGGAUCCAGAAAGCCGAAUGAGCCGUACGUCUGGAUGUCCUACCAAGAGGUGGCGGAGCAGGCAGAAGUCCUGGGCUCAGCGUUUCUCCACAGAGGGCACAGCCAGGCUGGCGACAAGUUCAUCGGGAUCUUUGCACAAAGCAGACCAGAGUGGACCGUGACUGAGAUGGCCUGUUACACAUAUUCCCUGGUGUCCGUACCCCUCUACGACACGCUUGGCACAGAGGCCAUCCGCUACAUCAUCGACAAAGCUGCCAUUUCCACGGUGGUGUGUGAUGUCCCUGACAAGGCCCAGCUCGUUCUGGACUGCAUGGCGGACCGGGAACACACCGUCAAGACGAUCAUCCUGAUGGAGGACUUUGACGCCGCGCUGGUAGCCAAGGCAAAGGAGUGCGGCAUCGAGAUCCUCAGCCUGAAGGAAGUGAAGGAUCUCGGCAAAGCCAACUACAGGAAACCAGUGCCUCCCAAGCCUGAGGACCUGGCUAUAAUCUGUUUCACAAGCGGCACUACAGGAAAUCCCAAGGGUGCCAUGAUCUCGCACAGAAAUAUCCUGUCCAACUGCUCAUCCAUCAUUAAAAUACUUCAGAUCACCACCACCAUAAACAGCAGCGACACGCACAUUUCCUACCUGCCCCUCGCCCAUAUGUUUGAGAGACUGGUACAGGCGGUGGUGAUGUGCCACGGAGCGCGAAUCGGCUUCUUCCAGGGAGACAUCCGCCUGCUGAUGGACGACCUGAAGACGCUGCAGCCCACCAUCUUCCCCGUGGUCCCGCGGCUCCUCAACCGGAUGUUCGACAAGAUAUUGGGGCAGGCCAACACCCCCCUGAAGAGGUGGGUGCUGCAGUUCGCCUCCAGCAGGAAGCAGGCGGAGAUGAGGAACGGCAUCAUCAGGAAGGACAGCCUGUGGGACAAGCUCAUCUUUAAGAAAGUGCAGGCCAGUUUGGGGGGUCGCGUGCGUCUGAUGGUCACCGGAGCAGCCCCCGUCUCCCCGACUGUCCUGACCUUUCUGCGCACAGCCCUGGGCUGCCAGUUCCACGAAGGGUACGGACAGACGGAAUGCACAGCAGCAUGCACAAUUUCAAUGCCCGGAGACUGCACAGCAGGUCACGUGGGAGCGCCCCUGCCCUGUAACAUUCUGAAGCUGGUCGACGUGGCCGAGAUGAACUACUUUGCAGCCAACGGAGAGGGAGAGGUCUGUGUGAAAGGACCAAACGUGUUCCUGGGAUACCUGAAGGACCCAGAAAAAACCAAGGAGACCAUCGACGAGGACGGAUGGGUCCACACCGGAGACAUCGGCAAGUGGUUAGAGAACGGCACUUUGAAAAUCGUGGACAGGAAGAAGCACAUAUUCAAGCUGGCUCAGGGCGAGUACAUCGCGCCAGAGAAGAUCGAGAACAUCUACAUCCGCAGCGAUCCCGUGGCUCAGGCCUUUGUCCAUGGCGACAGUCUGCAGGCAUGUCUGGUGGGCAUCAUAGUUCCAGAUCCGGACUUCUUUGGUGGAUGGGCCAAGAAGAGAGGUCAUGAAGGUUCCUAUGAAGAGCUGUGUAAAAACCAGGAACUGAAGAAGGCCAUCUUAGAGGACCUCUUGAAACUGGGCAAAGAUGCAGGCCUGAAGUCUUUCGAGCAGGUCAAGGACAUCACCCUGCACCCUGAGAUGUUCUCUGUCCAGAACGGCCUGCUGACCCCGACCAUGAAGGCCAAGAGGGCGGACCUCAGGGCGCACUUCAGGGCCCAGAUCGACCAGCUGUACUCCAAGAUCAAGAUGUAACCAUAGCGACUGAAAAUGAAAGGAAAAAUUCAUCUCCAGGGAAACCAGUUAAUCGAACAAAGCGUGCCUUAAGUACUGGACGCACUGAGGUGGAGAUUCAGUCUGUACCCAGUCUAAACUAAUACUGUAGGAACAAACCAAUGGAGAGGCUCAGAGGGGUGGAGUCGAUGCCAUAUCGAGCCAGCUGUGUCAGUAGAUACCUGCUGAUGUAAUGUUACAUUUCUGCAGGCUCCUAUCUUUUUCAAGCAGUCUUAAACUCUCUAAACACACUGUUUUACACACAAGGAAUUUGACAUCAUCCUGUUAUUUAUUUUUACUUUUUCUUCUGGAAGAAGUGAAACCAUACAGCGACAGAAACUUCUAAUUGUACUGCGAAUUGUACUUUUAUCUCUUCUGUGAUUUUGAUUUUGAUUACCAGUGUACAAAGUUUCAGUUUCGGUAAUUGUUUUUCAAAUUCAGGAAUACUAUGUAAUGUCAAGAGCGGGUUUAAAUUAUGCAACUGUACAGUGACUAGAAAAUGUGAGGUGGACCAGAGAUAAGCAUACCUCGUUUCUCAUGGUUUUGACAGAAAAAGGGAAUACUUUUUGUACAGGACUGCGCUGUUUGUACUGUAAUGUUUGAUGAAAUACGAAUGUUAAUGGUAGAAAUCUUAAUAGGCUGAAUUAUUUGAAUUGUGGGUUCAUUAGGUGUGUGGCUUUUAUCCGAUACAGUGAAUUUUAUUUAAUUAAUGUGUUAAUCUAAUGUGAACCAGUUAGGUGCCAACGCAAUGAAGUCAAUGAAGCUGCUAUAUUGCAGAAGUCCAGCACACAAAAUCACUAACUGGCAGAACUGGAAUACAUACCCCUCGUUCACAUAUCAUUCAUGUAUUUUGGUUGUAUGAAAUAUUGUGCUGCUGUCUCUGGAUUUGUUAUCCAGCCUCAACAGAAUGUCUAGUGGACCCCUCUAGACAACCAAUGUGUCAGAGGUCAGUAACCAUGGUGAUAUUGGGCUAUAUCACUAUGGUUACUGACCUCUGUAGUAAGUUCGAGUGAAGGCUUCAUUAAGAAUUGCUGUUGUGCUACUGCAAACUGUGUUGAUAUGUAUGCUGAAAGUCGCUUAUUUUAAAUGUUCAACUUCCUGUUUUUACUUCAUAUUCAGGUGGCCCUUGAGACCAUGGUAGCUGAGUUGGUUGCUUUCGAGUGAUCUCAUUUUGUAGAUCAGAUGUAGAGAACAGAUCUACACCAGCACAAGUCAACUGUGACAGAAACAAGAUGUAGAUCUGUAUCUUUUUGGUCAUUAUAUCAUUUUUGAUAAAUACACUAUGUGGAAUGAACUGGUGGAAAUACAUUUUAGGGUAAAAUGGCAUGCAUGAAUUGAAGAAAUAUGUUUUAUGAGAAAUUAUCAUUUUUAUUAAAUGUUAACCGUUUUAAUGAAGGUUGCACUGGAGGUUUGGACACUAAAGGUGUAUUUUAAACCACUUUCUAUGUGCAAAGCCGAUGUGGCUAUGUUUAGGAGAUGACAAUAAAGAUGUAAAAUUAAA